AUGACAAAAGCCGUAUUGUAUUUUCUUGAGUUAUUGUAUUCUCUGAAUAUUGGUGGGGUGCAACCGUCCAAUAGUAUGUUGGUGGGGUGCAACCGUCCAACCAUAUGUGAACUUAUAUUGAAAAUUAACGAUGAUAUUAUAAUAUCUCAAAAUUAA